ACAACAAAUGUCAAUGUCUCAAUAACGUGCCAUGUGCCCUUGAGAAUCAAUAACAGCGUGAUUAAGACGUCUCACGCUGUUAACAAGUCGACCUAUUGUCUGCUGAGGUAUGGUGUCCCACUCUUCUUGAAGGGCGGCCCUCGGGACAUCAAGGUUCUGGGGUACAGAGUUAUGAGCCUCUAGACAGCGACUGAACUAAUCCCAUAGAUUUUCUAUUGUAUUCAGGUCUGGAGAAAGUGCAGACCACUCCAUUCCAGGUUUUUUUUUUCUAGGUCUCCAGCAGCCUUUCCCCAAUGAUGCAACCUAGAUGAGUUGGAUCAUUGUUGUCCAUGAAGAUGAAAUUAGGCCUGUGUUGUUCAUGCAGGAGCACAAUGAUUGGAAUAAUGAUGUCAUACAGAUAGUAUGGACUUAUCACUGUUCAGAAAGUGUAGGGCAGUUUGACUAGACACACCUGCCCACACUGUAACACUUUGAGAGACUCUUCCAGUCUCUCUGUCUCUGUUCGAACCUCAGAAUCCUGUUUGAGGCCUCACAAUGGCAAGGUACUGUUGUUCAUUUGUUAGGUGUCGUCUUGGUCUGAUAAUGUGAAAAUGUGAACAGCAAGGUUAUGAGGACUGUUUAAAUACCAAUUCUGAUUUAACCUAACAAACAACAAAAACAGGAUAACACCCCCUCCACACUAUAAGCAGUGGAAGACGUUAUGAAUGGGUACAUAACUGGUUUGCUUUCAACCAAUACUUCAGUUUCUUUUAAAAAAUUGCACUGUUUGUGUGUGUGCACCUGUUGUGGAUUUUGCCAUUAAACUCCUUAAUAGAGAACAGGAUGUUGUGCAAAAAGUACCGAAACAUUAAACAGUUGGACCUAUGCAUUAAAAGGUUUAGUGAAGGUCACAUUAGGUUCACAUGGAGAUGUUAGCAUGCAUUUUAGGUUCAUCCUGAAAUUUCACCUGAAAGCAGAAAAUCCCUAACUUUUUUAAAUAGUGUAUAUUUUCCCAGUCCACUUCAGAUACUUUGUUUAUUCUCGUUUCACACUCACAUUUUUCCUUUUUGGGCAACAUCUCUUCAUUUUUGGCCUGGAUCAGCAUAUUAUACAUCCUGGAGAUAGCUUUACUUACAGAUGAAGUGUAUGCCAGCCUUAAAAUGUUAACUGGUGUUAAAUUUGAAACCUUGCAAUUCUUACUAAAAUAGGCGCACAUUUGAAGGAACCAGAAAAAGACAUCAAAGAAUGUCUGGAUGGUAGGAUCUGGAAACUUUGUGGUAUAUUCUUGGGCCUACGUACAAAUUUUUCAACCUGUGAAUUAUCUAGAAAUGUUUGGAUUUAAAGUAGUUUAAUUUAUACAGCUUCAUUUCAAGACAUACAAUUAUUGUAUCAAAACUUGCAUUUUCUUUGUGUACACUCACCCUGUGUUUCUAUCUGCUGCAGUACUGAUUGAUGAUUUGACUGAUGUAAUGUGUAUGGUCAGGCAGUGGCUGCAUUAGCACACUUUUGAGUUUUAUUUUUAAAGUUUUUUAUUAAAUUUACAUUUUAGAAAAUUGAAGAUGCAUUUAUGUACUAAUGUAUUUAUUUGUUAAGCUUUUUGCUAUUGCUGUAGUGGUAAUGGCUCUGGUUUCAAAUUCUUUAUUCAGUGUACUUUAGCCAUCUGGAGAAAGUUGCAUAUUUUAAUAUUUUUAGAUCACCUCACUAGUAAAAGUACAAAUCAAAAACUUUGAAUGUUGGAAUAAGUUUAAUAUUUGUUGUCACUCACUUAUGUGUAUUCAUUUCAAAUUGACUGAAAUCUAUUCAAGACUUUGGGGGAGCUUCACAAAUAGUGGAUUGAGACUGGAGUCAGCCCAUCAAGAUCAAUAUGCACAGACGGAUCCUGUACAUGGCCUACAAGCAUCUUACCUGGGCUGAGGAGAAAAGGAGAAAAGGAACUGGACUGUUGCAUAGUUCUCUUUUUGGAUGAAAGUAAAGUGUGCAUUUCAUUUGGAGAUCAUGGUCCCAGAGUCGGGGGGAAGGUCGGAAAGGCAGAGUAUCCACAUUGCUUGAAGUCAAGUGUGAAGUUUCCACAGUCAGGGAUGAUUUGAGGUGCCAUGUUAUCUGCUAAUGUCGGUGCACUGUGUUUUCUGUCAGACAUUUUAUUUAUAUUUUUUUUCUUUCUUUAUUUUCUAUAUAAUUUAUCUUCAUAUAGAAUGUAUGGUGUGUUUAUUUCACCAAAAUAUGUGUGUUUGUUUGUAUUGGGAGUUUUAUUUGUGGGCGUCACAGUGCCCUCUAGUGGUUUAUAGGGUAUGGGCUGUAUUAUCUGCUAUCUCUCGCUAGUCUGUAUUGUACGUGGCUGGGAGAGGCUUGUUCCAACGGUUGGAUAUCAGAUCCGCUUUGAGACUUCUCGGACCGCGGCCACCAAGCUGCUCUUCCUCACUGAAGGUUUGCUGCUGCGACAGAUCCAGCAGGACAAGAUUCUGGAUCAGUACCAGGUAGUGAUCGUGGACGAGGUCCAUGAGAGACAUCUCCACUGUGACUUCCUCCUUGGGGUCCUGCGCUCUCUGCUAGCAGACCGUCCGGGCCUCCGUCUCAUCCUCAUGUCAGCCACCAUCAACAUCAAACUCUUCUCUGAAUACUUCCACAGUGCCCCUGUGCUGCAGGUACCAGGCAGGCUGUUUCCCAUUCAGGUAAUCUACCAGCCCAUUCCCCCUGAGGAGCAGCCCUCACGCUCUGAGAAACUGGAUCCCAGACCCUACCUGCGCAUCCUGCAGGGCAUUGAUCAGCGUUACUCUCCAGAGGAGCGUGGGGACCUGCUCCUCUUCCUCAGCGGCAUGGCAGAGAUCUCCACCAUUCAAGAGGCCUGUCAGGUUUACGCCACGCACACUCGCCACUGGAUAGUCUUGCCACUGCACAGCACCCUCUCUCUCGCUCAGCAGGACAAGGUGUUUGAUGUUGCUCCUGCUGGUGUAAGAAAGUGCAUCAUCUCUACCAACAUUGCUGAGACCUCAGUUACAAUAGAUGGGGUCCGGUUUGUUGUGGACUCAGGAAAGGUGAAGGAAAUGAGCUUUGACCCGAAGGCCAAGAUGCAGCGUCUACAGGAGUUCUGGAUCAGCCGAGCCAGCUCCGAGCAGAGGAAAGGUCGAGCUGGGCGCACGGGUCCUGGUGUUUGUUACCGUCUCUACUCAGAGUCUGACUACAAUGCCUUCGCUCCGUAUCCUGUGCCUGAAAUCCACAGAGUGGCUCUGGACUCCUUAGUUCUGCAGAUGAAGAGUAUGGAUCUUGGAGAUCCACUUUCUUUUGUCUUUAUUGAUCCUCCUCCAACUGCCAGUAUCCAGACUGCAGUUACAUACCUGAAGGAGCAGGGGGCGUUAGACAGCCGCGGUGAACUAACAUCUAUUGGUAGACUGCUGGCUCAGCUGCCUGUUGAUGUUGUUAUAGGGAAGAUGUUGGUGCUGGGCUCUCUCUUUAACUUGGUGGAGCCCGUGCUGACCGUCGCAGCCGCCCUCAGCGUCCAGUCACCAUUCCUGCGCAGCUCGCAGAACAACCCGGACUGUAACACUGCCCGCCAACCACUGCAGAGCAACCAGGGAGACCCCUUUACCCUGCUGAACACCUUCAACGCCUGGGUGGAGGUAAAAGGAGAUAGAGGCGGAGGCUCGAGGAAGUGGUGCAGGAGGCGAGGCCUGGAGGAGCAGCGACUUUAUGAGAUGGUCAACCUACGCAGACAGUUCAAGGAUUUGCUGAAGAGCCACAGCCUUCUGGAGUCAGAGGACAGGGCUCCCUCUGGUGGUGACCGUAUGCAGCGCAGGGAGAGGUUCACAGAGAGGAAGAAGCUGCACCAGCUGAAAAGAGACCAUGAGCAGCAGGAGGGGAGCAAGCGUAAAGUCCUGAGGCUGGAUGAGGGCCAGGAUGGAGAGCUUUCCUCAGGAUCAGACACAGAAGACAAAGGCAGAGGCAGGAAGGACAAAGAGGGACAAGGACAGGAUGUGGACAUCCAGGAAGUGAAGUUUAAAUUGCGUCACAACGUCUCAGAGCUCCAGAAGGCUGUCAGCGGCAGUCAGGACUUGUCCUCGCGACACCAAGCCUUGCUCAAGCUGCUGCUCUGCCGAGGACUCUACCCUCAGCUGGCUCUUCCCGAUGAGCAUAACUCCACCCGGAAAGACUCGGAACAGGUGUUUCACACAAGGAACAAGCAGGGCGUGGUGAUCCACCCGACCAGUGUGUUCGCCAGCGAUCCAGAGGUGUUGCAUGUUCCUGAGGACGACUCCAGAGAAACAGGACCUGACAGGAAGGACAGCAGCAGACAUCAGCUGUUGGCCUUCGUCACUCUGCUGGAGACCAACAAGCCGUAUUUGUCCAACUGUGUCCGGGUUCCAGCUCUGCAGGCUCUGCUGCUGGUGGCGAGCUCGGUGGAUACCAAUGCUGACUGCACGCGGCUGGUGGUGGACGGCUGGCUGGAGCUGGAGCUGAAGGAGCCAGAGGAAGCCCUGAGGGUCCUUUCCACAGCCAUCAGUCUCAGGUCAGAGUGGGAGCGUCUGCUGAAGGCCCAGCUGGGACAAAGCUCCUUGAGGGAACCAUCAGGCCAGGGAGUGUCCCGCAGAGACAUGGAGAAGCUGAGCGAUAGCCUGUUCCGUUUCCUGCUCUACACUGAGGUCAGUUACAGCCUUCAGAGACUCACAGCUUUCCAGGCCCAGAACCUAUACAUUGGACCUCGGGGCGAGCCGGACUCAUCUUAUUCUGAGGUUCCAGAUCUGAGCUCGUUGUUUCCAGGAGCAGAAGCCAAGCCGGAUCCCAUUAAAGGAGGCCUGAGGGUGACCAGCUUCUUCACCUACAACUGUCUCGCUGAUUCCAAGGAUCUCUACAGCGAGUGUUUACGGACUUUCUGGAGCUGCCCAAACUGUGAACUCUACAUGCCUCUGACUCCUCUGGAACGAAUGCAUCAUGAGGCGUCCUGCAGGCCUGCUGGAGAGCUGCAAGGGGUGGAAAAAGAAUCAGAAGGUGGACCGGCCGGCUCCUCCUCAGCAUCGAGUCUAACGAGGAUCUAUCAUUGUGACGUCUGUAAUGAAGACCUGAAGCUCACCUCAACAGAGAUCCUUAAACAUAAAAGGCAGCACAUGUUUUCUGCAAAGUGACUGGAUUCUCAUUUGGACCUUUGAACCUGUUGAUGUUCUUUAUAGUCACAGGUUUUACUUUCUGUCAGUCUGCAAAGAUGCAAAAGAAAACAUCUAUACUGCAUCUGUUAAGAAAAAGAUAAAUAUGUCAUUAUUGUAAGAGAAUGAACAUAAAUCUCGUUUGGAUGUUUGGA